UCUAGUCGCCGCGGCUGAGGUGGUGGACCGGGCCCACUCGAACGCCCCCAACUUCGUGGCCAAGGCGGCGGCUACCGGCCGAUCUCUCACCUUCUUUCUCUCGCGUCGUCUCCCCCAUCUCGCAGGCUCGCAGCGGACCGCGCCAGGCCGCCGCUAGGGUUAGGGGUUGCGAGGCCGGAAGGCGGGCUUCAGCCAUGGCGCUCAAGUUCCUUAACAAGAAGGGGUGGCACACGGGGUCCCUCCGCAACAUCGAGCGGGUAUGGAAGGCGGAGCAGGCGGAGGAGGCGGAGAAGCGCAAGACGGAGGAGCUCAAGAAGCAGGUCGCCGCCGAGAAGGAGAAGGCCGAGUUCCGGGCCAUGCAGGAGCGCGCCGGCCUCAGGCCGGCGCAGGAGAGAUUGGACUUCCUCUACGAGUCGGGGUUGGCCGUCGGCAAGAGCUCCGAAGGGUUCCAGGCGCUGCAACAAUCUGCACCAGGGGCCGCUGCUGCAUCCUCUUCUUCUGCGCAAGCUAGUGCGGCUGAUUCUUCUAAGGCAGCAACGCCAGGAGCUUUAUUUGAGGAUAAACCUCAAUCUGCAAAUGAUACAUGGAGAAAACUCCACUCUGAUCCUCUACUCCUAAUAAGGCAGCGGGAGCAGGAUGCAAUUGCGAGGAUUAAAAACAAUCCAAUCAAGAUGGCCGAGAUAAAGAAAUCUGUUGAAUCUGAGAAGAAGCAAAAAGAAGAGAAGAAAGAGAAGAAAAAGCACAAGCAUCGCCACCAUAAGUCAAAGAGCAAGAGGCAUCACUCAGAUGAGGAUUCAGAUUUAGAUGAAAUAAGUGAUGGCAAGGAUGAGAGAAGGAAGAGGGUUCAUUCUUCCCCUGACCGAAAGAAGGAAGAGAAAAGGUCCAGGCAUGAGAAGAAACACCGCAGACAAGAUUCAUCAGAUUCAGACAAUGAUGAACCACAGAGAAGAUGGCAGGAUGUGUCAGAAGACGAUGAGAGAAGGAAGAGGGUUCAUUCUUCCCCUGACCGUAAGAAGGAAGAGAAAAGGUCCAGGCAUGAGAAGAAACACCGCAGACAAGAUUCAUCAGAUUCGGACAAUGAUGAAAAACAGAGAAGACGGCAGGAUGUGUCAGAAGAUGAUGAGCCAAGGAGAAGACGGCAUGACGAUGAUGAACCAAGGAGAAAACGUCAUGAUGAUGAUGAACCUAGGAGACGGCAUGAUGACAAUGAACCUAGGAGAAGAAGGCAAAGUGACGAUGAACCGAGGAGAAGAAGGCAAAGUGACGAUGAACCAAGAAGAAGGCAGGAAGAUUUGGAACCAAGGAGAAGAUGGCAGGACGAUGAGGAACCAAGGGGAAGAUGGCAUGAUGACCAUCCACGAUAUGAUCGCUUGGAUGCUGAUGAUAGGAAGAGGAGACAGCAUUCGCCACCAGACCGCCAUCAUGCAUACUCAAAGUAUGACGGUCCAGACCCUAGGCCCAAAAGAAUGGAGGAUGGGAACAAAACUGGAAAUUCCAAUUCUGAACACCAUUCGCGCGCUGUCCAAGGCUCGGGAGAGCAGACAAGGCAAGAAAGUGAACAUGGCAGAAACAAUGGUCCUCCGUUCAACCGUCGACGGGGUGGCGUCCACCAUAUGUCGGAAGAGGAAAGGUUGGCUCGGCUGCGCCAGAUGCAGGCUGACGCUGAGGUCCACGAGGAGCAGAGAUGGAAGAGGCUGAAGAAAGCUGCAGAUGAUGAUGCCAAAGAAGCAGCAACUGUGAGCGCCAACCAGUUCAAAGGAAAGAACUUCUUGGAAGAGGAAAAGAAGAGCAUAUUUGGAACGGAGAAGGGUGGCAGCGCCACGAUCGAAGAGAGCAUCAGGCGCCGUGCUUUUUACUCUCAGGGUGGCCGUGAUGCUGAGGGCAAUGCGUUCAGGCGGUAAAUCUUGCGCUGUAUUGUCGCUGUUGCUUCACACGUCUGCACUCAGUAUUGUACUUGAACAAUUUUGAGCGUUAUGUACGAUAAUAUUGUGUUGUUUUGAAUAGAAAAAAAUUGCUGCAAUGCCGUAUACAAUUUCGCUACA